AGCGCUUCGCCGCGUGCGCUGGCAGAGGUGGCAGAUGGGAGCGCCAAGUCCGGUCCGGCGCGGGGAUGGAUCCAGUGACCUUUGUGGAUGUUGUUGUGACCUUCACACUGGAAGAAUGGGCUUUGUUGGAUUCUCCCCAAAAGAAGCUCCACAGACAUGUGAUGUGGGAAACACUCAGGAACCUGGCUGCUAUAGGGACAAAACAGAAUGAAGAAAGUAUUGAACAUGGCUGCAAAACUCUCGGCAGAAAUCUAAGCGGUAGUGUGGUAGAGAGGCUCUGUGAAUAUGAAGGAGGCAAUCAGUGUGUAAAGUUCUGCCAGCGGAUUCUGGAGCAUCCUGUUGGUCUUCCUUCUGGGGUACUACCGUGUGAAGAGUACCGGUGUGAGGACCUUGUCACUUACUUGUUUCCGCGUGGGCCCCUCAGCGCUCACACCACACACAGACCCUGUGUGAAUCUGAAGGCUGAUACCCAGGAGGCAUGCAGGAAAAGCUGCUCUUCCUCCCUGGACUUGGAGAGCCGUGAAAGCUCUCACUCGAGAGAGAAGCCCAGUGGAAAUAAAUCGUCUGACAAGGCCCAUCAGAGUCUCUCUUCUAUCCCACACCAUGAGAGCACUGUCAAAGGAAGCAGCCCUCAGCGUAAGCAGCAUGGAAAAGCCUUCACAAGAACAAGCACUCACACGGAAGAGACGCCAUCUGUGUCUGAAGAACGUGGGGAAGCCUUCGGGCUUGCCAAGUGUUUUCACAGACGCGGAGGAAAUCCCGGCGAUGGGCCUGCUCACAACGGGAAGCCGGGCAGAGAAAGUCAGGCUCAGACUCACACAAGAGCUCAGAGUGGAGAGAAACGCUACGGAUGUCAGCAGUGUGGAAAAUCCUUCAGUUACCGUUUUUACGUGAAAAUCCAUGAGAGAAUUCACUCUGGAGAGAAACCCUAUGGCUGCCAGCAGUGUGAGAAAGCCUUCACUAGUUCCAGUCAUCUCCACAGACAUGUGAGAACUCACACGGGAGAGAAGCCUUACAAGUGCAAGCAGUGUGGAAAAGUCUUCAGUCGCAUCUCUUACCUUAAACUACAUGAAAGAGCCCACUCCGGGGAGGAGCUUUGUGCAUGUGAGCAGUGCGGAAAAUCCUUUGCUUUCUCCAGCAACCUUCAGAGACACCAGAGAACUCACUCUUGGGAGAAGCCCUACGUGUGUAAGCACUGUGGGAAAGCCUUCCGUUGUGGUUCUUACGUUAAAAUCCACGAGAGGACCCACUUCCACGAGAAGCCUUAUUUCUGCAAGCAAUGUGGGAAGGCCUUCAAGUGUCCCAGUCAUCUGCAGAGGCAUAGACAGACGCACUUCAGAGAGAAAGCUUUUGUAUGUAGGCAGUGUGGGAUGGCUUUUAGUCAAGUUUUUCGCAUGAAAAUCCAUGAAAGAAUUCAUUCUAGAGAGACUCAGUAUGUAUGUAAGCAAUGUGGAAAAACCUUCCUUUCUUCCUAUGCCCUUAGGAGACAUGAAAAGACUCACACCAACGAGAAGCCCUAUCAGUGUGCACAGUGCGGGAAAGCCUUUACUUUUAGUUCUUAUAUCAAAGUACACGAACGAACUCACUCCCAGGAAAGACCUUACUUAUGUCAUCAGUGUGGGAAAGCCUUCCUGAGGUCUACUCACCUCCAGAGACAUGAACUGACCCACAGUACCGUCAAGCCAUUCAUAUGUAAGCAGUGUGGGAAAGGCUUUUGCGAGCGCUUUUUCAUGAAAGCCCAUGAAAGAAUUCAUGGUGGGGAGAAGCUGGGAUGUCAGCAGUGUGGAAAAGCUUUCCCUUUUGCAAGUGCUCUUGAGAGGCACGAAAGGACUCACACUGGAGAGAAGCCCUACGGGUGUGCGCAGUGCGGAAAAGCCUUCUCUCGACCCUACCUCCUCAAAGCACACGAAAGAACCCACACCGGGGACAAACCCUACGGUUGUGGGAAGUGUGGGAAAGCCUUUGUUCAUUCUUCUCUCCUUAGAAGACAUGAAAAGACUCACGCCUGAGGAAGAAAACCCUGCAUGUCUAACCCUUGUGUGAAAGCCUUCAUUCUCUCUGGUUGCCGCCAACCACAGGAAAGAACUUCUGCUGCCCACGUGAGCCAUGGUGAUGUCAUCACUCAGCCAGAGCCACCUGGAAACGUCAGAGAACACUGGACGGACACAGCGUAGGCAACCCUGUGCCAGUCGGUGUUCAGAGAACACACCAGGAAAUCACAUCUUGGUUAUCUGCUUUCAUUUUACUAAGACAAAAGGACUCAAGCUGGAAUGAACACACAAUGUGUGAACUUGGUGGGUGCCAGUGGCUGAGAUCUUUCUCAGUCGCUUUAAAUUUCCACUCACACUCUUCAAAGCUGAUAAUCGGCAUGUACUCAGCAUAGUACAUUUUGUUGUUGUUGGUGGUCAUGGGACUUGAACUCUGGGCCUGGGCACUAUCUCUGAGGUCUUCUGCUCAAAGCAGACGCUCUACCAUGUGAGCCACAGCGCCACUUCCAGUUUUCUAGUGGUUAGAGGUAAGAGUCUCCCCGACUAU